CACAAAUCAACUCGGGGUUACUUUUGAUUUCGAUUUUUGGUUUUGAAAAACUGAAAAUAAAAUAAUCUUGAGAAAUCGAUUGCGUUGUGAAGUAAAUGAAUUUUAUUUAGUUUUUCAAUAUGAAGUUACUUACUCAUAAUAUGCUGACUUCUAAAUGUAUGAAGGGAGUAAGUGUUGGUUAUCCACUGGCUAUAAAUGCAUUGGAUGUUAGAGUCUCAGAAGUCGAUUUCAAUCCGGAAUUCAUUGCAAGAAUGAUUCCAAAAUUAGAUUGGAAUGUUUUAUAUGGUGCUGCAGAAAGUAUUGGUCAACUCAAAGAUUUGCCAAGAGAUAUUAUUGAAAAUUUCGAGAGCAAUGAAGAUUUCUUGAAGAAAGUUCACCAUGUGCUGAUGGAAGUGGACAUUAUUAAUGGUGAUCUCAUUUGUCCAGAAACAGGGAGAAAAUUCCCCAUAAAUAAUGGUAUUCCAAACAUGUUGUUGAAUGAAGAUGAAGUUUGAGAAAUAAUUAUUUUAUUGUUCAUUUUAUGCUAUGACAUUGCCUUCAAGUUACCUA